AUGUUUGCUGGCAGCCGCCUGGCGAUACGGGGAAGGAGAUCCCGCCCCGCAUACGAGUCGGGUUACGAGUGUUAUGACCCACUUGAUGGGGAGAUCGACACCCAUCUCCCCGGUACUGGAUACUACUUCCGGGGCCAGUCUCGGACCGGUACUCCCUGCGUCAAAAGGGAGGCGGAGAAGGACGAAGAGGGCCUCGGAACCGGCGCAACCAGAGACUCGUUAUUCGCCGACACACCCGGAGACACGUCACCCGCCGGUGCAGCCGGAGACACGUCACCCGCCGGUGUUUUGUGUGGGGAUUGGAACAUCAGUCUGCCAGAGAAGAUUGAAGCUCUGAGUGGAUCCUGUGUGACCAUAAACUGCACAUUUGAUAUUAAUAACAAAUGUGACAAAGAUCUCACUGACAGUGCUGCAGGAGUGUGGAGUAAAGAUGGACAUCAAUACAACAACAAUAUUGUGUUUAACUCCAGCAACUCCAGUUUCCCUUUUAAAGGGGAAAUAACUGGGAAAUUAAAAGACAAGAACUGUACCACCAUCUUUUAUAAUGUUACUUCAAAUGACAAAGGCACAUUAUACUUUAGGAUUGAGGGUAAUGGUGGACUGAAAUAUACCUAUACACAACAAUCUGUUUUAAUAGAUGUGAUUGACUUCCCCCCCAAACCCACAGUGCAGAUGUUUAAGGAUCAGAUGGAGGUUGAGGUUCAGGAGGAGGUGUUAGAGGGGAGCUCUAUGUGUCUGCGCUGCUCUGCUAAGACUCUCUGCUCCUCUUCUCCACCAACUCUCACAUGGAGCUCCACUGACAGACUCCACCUCAAUGAGAGCAGCAGACUACAGCUGGAUCAACAGAAACAAACUGAGAUCAUCUCUGAUCUGAACUUCACUGCUACUCACCUUCAACAUGGAGUCACUUUCAUCUGCACUAUAACCUACCAGCUACAGCAGAGGAACACAACAGCACAGAGCAACAUCACAUUACGUGUUCAGUAUGCACCCAAAAUCUCCCUGUUCAGCUGUAACAGAACUGAUGUAACUGUGAGUUUGUGUGAGGCUCAUGGGAAUCCCUCUCCUAAAGUGGAGUGGCAUCUAUCAGGACGUCCUGUCAGUAACUCUACAAACACAUUCAUCAGUGAGGAGCGAUUGAGCAGCACAGACUUGAGGAGCUUCAUUUCUCUCCAUCAGUCACUUACACACACAGACACUCUGCAGUGUGUCACCAACAACACUCACGGCACCGGCAGUCAUCAGAUUCAACUGCUUCACUGUUCUCAUGAGACAAGUUUCAGUCUUUUCUCUGUGCUGAUGGGAGCUGCUAUUGGAGCUUCAUUAAUGAUGAUCUUGUGUGUUAUUAAACAUCUCUAUAAACGGAAACAUUCCCAGAAGAGACGAGAAGCCACUACAGGUAUCAUUUUGACAAAUGAAGAGCAUGAGGGAGAAUCUGUUUAUGCCAAUAGAGCUGAGCUGUCACCUGCUGAUGCUGAUAAUUUCCCAGAAUCCCUUCAUUAUUCCUCCAUUCACUUCACAAACACCUACACAGAGUCAGAAGAGAUCAUGGAUGCUUCCUCACUUACUGCUGAAUACGCUGCCGUCCGUCACUAUCCUGCUGGAGCAUCAGAGAGCUCUACAGAUGCACAGGUGAUUGUUAAUGCAGAAGAGCUUAAAGAAGAAGUAAAGCCUAAGAAAUCUGAUCAAGAUUUAUGA